CCACAAAUAUUAUGCAAACAAGUACUUAUUACAAAAUCAAACUUAUACGAAAUGUAUGCUUUGCUUCGUUAAUCAUUUAUCAUCCAUAUAACUGGAAUAUGCCACUCCAAAGCGUGGCAGGGUACAGCUAGUUUUAUCAUAAAUGUACUUUUUGCUAAAGAGUUAUUGCAAACAUAAUGUGUGAAUAAAGUAGCUUCUGUAUUUACUGAUUUAUCGAAGACUUCGUUUUUCUCGAAGGCCCCUAUUAUGAGUUGCAUUCGAUUUUCGAUCUUCGCUGGUUAUCGCAGAUCGAAUGUAAAAUUGGUAUUAUGAGGUAUGCAACCCUGUCGAAAUUUUCGUUGAGUAUCGAAUUUUCAGUCGAACAGAAUUUUGCUUUCGAUGCUGUAGCGUAGUGUGAGAAAAUUGCUGAUAAUGUCUAAGGUCGUGAGUACCAAACAACAACUGGAAAUGCUGGUUUCAAUGAUGGAACAAAAUCGUCAAUUUGCAAAAGGGAUUUGCUCAAAGGUUAAUGCGGCAAAAAAAUGGGAGGACUUUACGCAGGAACUCAAUUGUUUAGGGCCACCUAUACGAACGACGGCAAAAUGGAUUAAGGUGUGGACUGACAUGAAGUCCAAAACUGAAAAGAAAGUAGCGCAAAACAAAGCUGAAUACCGAGCAACAGGUGGAGGACCGAACAGGCUACAAGCAUAUAAAAAUGUUGGCUUGCUUGAGCUUGACGCCUNACUGACAUGA